AUGCUUAAGGAGACAUUUUCCAAAUCAAAGGAUGGAAUCUCAACACCAACCUUUCUUGAAACGAUCUGGAGACGGAGAAAAGACCCCCUUGACUUCCGUCUCUGGGGGCGUCCAACCCGGAGGGGGCAUUUGUCCUAUCUUCGCGUACUCUUCUUCGUAUAUCCGGAAUCUCGCACACAAAUUUCAGGUCUCAAUCGUACUCAAGCUAUGCCUCCUGAUCCUAAACUCAGCCUGGACAACAAUACGCCAUGGGCCGAACCUGCGUGGUACCAAACAUUAGACUCACCCUACUACAAUCAGUCCCAUUGGAAGCUUCGAGACAAUAUCAGAAGUUACUGUGAUACACAUAUCCUCCCGCACGCUCUUGAAUGGGAAGAGAAAGGCGAUGUACCUCGAGAAGAAGCGCUGCGGUAUGCCCAGUCGGGAAUCCCUUUCGAUGAUGUGCCUGCACAGUAUCGGCCCUCCCACAUUCCUAAUCUAGCCGGGAUACCCCACAAUGAGAGGGACGUGUUUCAUCUUCUCGUUUCUGUGGACGAACUGGCCAGAGUGGAAGGGGGUGUUGGCAUUGCACUCGGUGGAGCAUCAACGAUCGGCAUCCCUCCAAUCAUCCACCAUGGCACUGAAGAACAAAAGGCUAAGUGGCUUCCCGGGCUCUUUUCAUGGGAAACCAGCUUCUGUCUCGGGGUGACCGAGCCCAACGGUGGGUCAGACGUCGCACGAAUCAGGACGAGCGCUGUUAAGUCCGCUGACGGCAGGUCUUACGUUGUCAACGGCGUUAAGAAAUGGAUCACAGGUGCUCCCUGGGCUACGCAUAUGACAACGGCUGUUCGGACGGGGCCCGAAGGUUCAGGUCUGCAUGGCAUUUCUGUCCUUGUAAUUCCACUAGACUCUAAGGGAGUCAUACGUCAGAAGAUCUAUAACAGUGGGCAGAACGCUGGUGGAUCAUCAUUUGUGGACCUGGAAGAUGUCCGGGUCCCCGUGGAGAAUUUCAUAGGAGAGGAAAAUAAAGGGUUCCCUAUCGUUAUGAAAAACUUCAACAAAGAACGAUACAUCAUGGCCAUCCAGUGUAAUAGGAAAAGUCGAACCUGCCUUGCCAUGGCUCUGUCGUACGCUAUGACGCGCAAGACCUUUGGGAAGCCGCUGAUUCACAAUCAAAUCAUCCGUCGGAAACUGGCUGAACUGGCUCACCGGGUGGAGGCGCAUUGGGCUUGGUUAGAACAGCUGGCGUUCUAUAUAACCAAUGCACCCUUGGGUUGGCAGAGCCCCCAGAUCGCCAGUCGUAUUGCUUUGCUUAAAGUUCAGGGGGGCCAGAUGCUUGAAUUAGCCUCGCGGGAGGCCCAGCAGAUAUUUGGUGGCGCAGGAUAUCAGAAAGGCGGGGCCGGAGCGACCGUGGAGCAGAUCAGUAGAGACCUACGAAUGAUGGUGGUGGGUGGCGGGAGUGAAGAAAUCAUCGCGGAUCUCGCCGUACGCCAGGAGAUUUCUUUGCUGAAAGAAAAGGGAAAGCUAUAG